AUGGCUACGACAGGACAAAGGGACUUGGCGGAUGAACGGGCUGCUCAUCAAGAGGAGAAGGCUUCGAUAGUUUUGGCAACGCACGUUGUAACUAACAGUGAGAUUUUCUCAUUACGCUCAUCGUUAUUGUCACUGGUUCGGUUGGUUGCGUUACUGCGACGAUUUGUCCACAACGCUAGAAAGGCCAACCGUGCGAAUCGCAAGCUUGGGUUUAUAACAUAUGCUGAGUCAGAAGAAGCCUUGAUGCUUCUGGUUAGGCUGUCACAACACGAAUGUUUUCCUACGGAACUUGCAGCCCUGUCCAAAGGAAACCAGGUUGCAGAAUCAUCUAGACUGGUAGGAAAAAAUCCUAAGCUUAUCAACGGCGUAAUGCACAUUGGCGGCCGGCUAAAGCACGCAGAAACAUCCGUCGGUAGAAAACAUCCCAUUAUUCUUGAUGAUCGACACCCGCUUACUGUUUUGAUUUUACAUCAUUAUCACCACAAGUAUUAUCACGCAGGCCAACAGCUGCUAAUUUCUUGCGUUCGUGAGCGAUUUUGGCCAUUAAACAUUCGGAGAGCUGCAAGAAGAAUUAUAUACCAAUGCGUGCCUUGUUUCCGGAGUAAACCAAAGGUGCAGGAUGAACUGAUGGCAGACCUACCCGAAGAAAGAGUAAAUCCAGCUUCACCGUUCCACAAAGUUGGUUUGGAUUACUGUGGCCCAUUUUAUAUGUUGUACCCGGGUCGAAAGAAUCGACCGAUAAAAUGCUUCGUCGCUGUUUUCGUAUGUUUGGUGACAAAAGCGGUUCACCUGGAAGUGGUUGCUGAUCUCACAACCCAGGCAUUCCUGGCCGCUUUACGAAGAUUCGUGGCCCGCAGAUCCAAACCUAUUCUCAUCAUGUGUGACAACGCGAAAACAUUUUUAGGCGCUAGAAGAGAGCUUGACGAGCUGGCCAAAUUAUUUUGUGCUCAGCAGUUUCAGGAAGCAGUGAUUAAAGAAGCAAGCAACGAUAGUAUUGAAUUCAAAUUCAUUCCCGCCAGAUCCCCUAACUUUGGUGGGUUGUGGGAGGCGGCGGUUAAGUCGUUUAAAACGCAUUUCAAGAAGACAAUCGGUACUCGAAAUCUGACGUAUGACGAAUUUGUGACGGUUUUGGUUCAAAUUGAGGCCUGUUUGAACUCACGUCCCUUGACUCCGUUAAGCAGCGACCCAAAUGAUCUAGCAGUGCUGACACCAGGCCACUUCCUAGUCCAGCGACCACUAAUCAGUAUAGCUGAACCAAACUUAGAAGAGAUACCAGAGAACAGAUUAUCACUGUGGCAGAGAAGUCAAAGCUUUGUGCAAACGAUUUGGAAAAAAUGGUCAACACAGUACUUUUCAGAUCUGCACAACCGCACAAAGUGGACCAGACGCAGAGACAACUUACGCAUAGGUACGAUGGUAUUAUUGAAGGAGGAAAACUUACCACCGUUGCGGUGGAUGUUGGGCAGAGUCACUCAGGUGCAUACAGGCAGCGAUGGGUGCGUUAGAGUAGCUACUGUGAAAACGAAAGAUGGAGUGUAUCAGAGAGGCAUUUCCAAAAUUUGCGUCUUGCCAAUACGAGACAAUCAACCACUCGCUGAGAGUGACCACUAG